AAUCAGACACUAGAUGAUUAUCAAAUGUUUAUGAAUGGAGAAAUCAUAAUGGAUAUUGAUCAUAAUCGAUUAUUAAUUAUUAAUAAAUUUGAAUAUCAUCUUAUUGGUAUGAAAUUGAAAUCAUCACCAAGUACAAUAUUACUUCUGAAGAAUGGUUCGAUUCAAUGUCAAUCGGAUAAUAAUACUAAUGGACCAUUUUGUCAUAUGUUAUCCACACGAAUUGUAAUGAAUUUUUUCGAUGGUAAUCAAUGGAAUUUUGUCGAUCAGAAUGGUCGACUUUAUCAAAUUGAAAAACAUCAUUUUGACGAACAAUCAUUACCAUAUAUGGCCAACAUUGCAACGGUAAAAAGUUAUAUCAGAACCAUUUUCAAAUAUUUUGAAUGCAAUGAUUAUGAACGUAAUAAAAAAUCGACUAUCAAUGGAUUGGAUAAUAAAACAAAUGUAAUGAUUAUGAUUGGUAUAGCCAUUGCUAUUGUUUUACAAAUGAUUGUUUUGUUGAUAUUAUUUAUAUGGUGUUAUUGGUAUCGAAAACGACGAAAACAAAGGCAACAAUUGUUACAAUUUAAAAAAAGAUCUAAAGAAGAAGAAAGGUCAUUUUCAUUGAAAAAAACACCAAAAUCAAAAAUGGCUAAAUCACCUUUCAAAGCAAUACUUGAACCACAAACACUUUCACCAUUUUUAUCAACAACUACAACUAGUUAUCAACAAUAUGGUUCGACUCCAUCAACCACUUUAUCAUCGAAACAGAUGAUGGGUGAUGAAUUCUGUAGCCAAACGGAAACAUUUCGUGAAAUAACGGAAAAAUCUGUUUCGAAAUCGUCGAAAAAGAAAACUAUUAUUCCUAAUAAAAAAUGGUGGUCAAAACGAUCUCAAUCGCCACCAAAACAACAACAACCAUUAUUGUCAUUGGGGGAUGAAAAAACAAGAAAACAAAAAAUCGAAUUGAUUGAAAUUAUUGAUGAACCGAUGAAAACAAUGCCGGUACUGCCAAAAAUGACAAACACAGCAGUAGCAAUAACAUUAUCGGAUUAUUUUGGUGGUGGUGGCGGUAAUAAAAAACCGGCAACGAUUGAUAAGAAAACAAUGGAAACUUCCGAACGACGAAAUCGAUCACCACCAACUUUAUUACCUGGUCAUCGGGAUCGAAAUCGAAAUCUGGAACGUAAACGUUCGAAAGAGAAAGAGGAUAGUCUAAAUGAAAUUAAAAAAAAUCGUAUAGACGAUAUAAAAGUUAAACAACGACGUCGUGAACGACAAUUAAUUAAAGUUAUUAAAUUAUUAGCCAAAGAUUCGAAUGAUCUUCGACAACAACGGCGACGAUUACGUGGUAAUUACGUUGAUGAUGUUGACGAUGAUGAUGUUGAUAAUGAUUUUGAACAAACACGAACCACAACGGAACGACGUACAUUAACCAGUUCAAGAGAGCAAACCGAUCCGGAAUUAGUACGUGAUCUAUUGAAUAAUCUAGAUCGUCAUCGUGAACGUAAACGACGACGACAACUACAACAACAAAAACAAAAUAAAAAAUAAAAAUUUUAAAAUCAAAAAUUAUCUUUC